AUGGCUGCUCCUGGCCCUGGCACUGCUCGUCAACACGGGAGUCCUCCUCGCAGGCCGCACAAGGGCUCCCGAGCACCACCUCCACCGGGUACGCUUUCUCAGAUGCCGGACCCGUUCUACGGCCACGAAGAAGCGGCUCGGUUAUGCGCGAAGUUCGUUACCAAUCUCUUCGCAUGUCCAGACACCCCCCCAGUAUCGACAACGCAUCCUCCGGUGCCGUCGCCCCCGCUUGGCCUCUUCAUCGCGUAUGCGCUGCAUAGAACGCGGCUGAAUGCGUCUGUUACCUUCGCCGCCCUCUACCUCCUCCAGCGACUAAAAGCUCGGUUCCCUGCAGCGCGCGGGUCGUCGGGCCACCGCUUAUUUAUUUCCGCCUUCAUGAUUGCGUCGAAAGUGAUCUGCGACGACACAUAUUCCAACAAGUCGUGGUCGAUCGUCGGGCAGGGAAUGUUUGCAUUGCGGGAGAUCAACCAAAUGGAGCGGGAGAUGUGCAGCUACCUGGAGUGGCAGCUGAACAUUGAGCCCAAGGCACUUCAGGAGUUCGAGAUGAAGGUGCGGCGUGACUUCAAGGGACAAGGUCCAUUCCCGAACUACAUCCUGCCUUCGCCAGCACCCUCACCGGUCCCGUCAACGACGCCGUAUGCGCAGGUCGGCUCGGCACCAACCUUCGCGCGGCCACAACAACAGCCGACGUCACCACCGAAACCCAUACCCCCUGCUGUUCCGGUCGCAGCAAGCCACGCGACGGCUUACCUAUCUCCCCCUUCCUCGCCGCGCACUCCCGCCACACCCGGAUCCUCGCGUUCGACGUUCACGUCUCCCGCAUCAUCGGCGUCUCCACCAACACCCCCAGGUUACGAAGACUUUUCCGCGAAGAUCGUUACCUCAGGCAUGGUCGGGACUCCCCUCACUCUGCAAUCGGACUCCGCGGCGAUUCCAAUAUCACGCAAGUCGUAUGUUCCUGCACCAGUUCCACGCGCGAAGCCUCCAAAGACAAAAACGGAGUACUUCGCGCACGCUUCGCCGUGUAUCUGGUAG